AUGGCCAUAGCCUCUAAGCCAGAAAAUGGCGUUCAAUCGAAGGACGUUGUGAUCUCACAAGAACCAGCCAUAUCUGCAAGAAUUUACAUUCCCAAAACCAGCACAGACUCACCCCAAACCAAACUCCCUCUUCUCAUUUACUUUCAUGGAGGCGGCUUCAGCGUUGAAAGUCCAUUUUCUCCAGCAUAUCACAGCUACGUCAACACCUUAGUCUCUGAGGCCAAUGUUGUUGCAGUCUCUGUUGACUAUAGGCUUGUCCCAGAGCACCCUCUGCCGGCUGCUUACGAUGAUUCAUGGGCUGCUAUCAAAUGGGUUGCUUCCCAUUUUGAUGGAAACGGCUCUGAAGAUUGGCUAAAUAGAUUUGCAGAUUUCCAACGUGUGUUUUUCGCUGGGGACAGCUCUGGUGCUAAUAUAACACACAACAUGGCUGUGAAAUUGGGGUGUGAGAGAUUGGUUGGUGUUAAGCUGGUUGGGAUUGUUUUGGUGCAUCCUUUCUUUUGGGGCACAGAGCCAGUUGGGGCAGAGAUAACUACACCUGCAGCUACAAAAGAGUAUAUGGCUGGUGUGUGGCGUUUUGCUUGCCCUUCGACUUGUGGAUCCGACGACCCACUUAUAAAUCCAGCUAAGGAUCCAAAAUUGGGGGAAUUGGGUUGUGAGAAAGUGCUGGCAUUAUAG